AUGUCUACAGCCAAAGCCGCAAGCCAGAAUCGUCCUUUCCCGCUACAUCCGUUGUCCCAAAACCCGUUGGUGACGCGCGAUGACUUCGCAGCAGCUUGCGCAUCCUUGUUAGAUCCUCUGGAAGCAGGUUUCAGUCCAGAAAGGGCAUUGGUCAGAGUUGGAGGCUCUGGAACAAGAUUCGACGAGACAGCAGCUCAGAUUGAAGGAUUCGCCCGUCCGCUGUGGGGGCUUGCACCACUACUCGCAGGAGGAUCGUACAGCAAAUCAGAGCUAUGGGUGAAAGGCAUGAUCGCUGGUACAGAUCCGGAAAGCUCAGAGUUUUGGGGCAACAUGGAAGAUCUCGACCAGCGCAUGGUGGAAUCAUGUCCUAUCGGAUACACUCUUGCGAUUGCCGGCAAGGAUUUCUGGGAUCCUUUGACCGACAAGCAGAGAGAAAACAUUGCAAACUGGCUAGGGAGUAUGAAUGAUAAAGAGAUGCCCAACACGAAUUGGUUGUGGUUCAGAGUGUUCGCCAAUCUCGGCUUGAAGGCCAACAAAGCUCCCUUCUCGCAAUCUCGCCUCGAAGCUGAUAUGGACCAUCUAGACACCUUCCAUCGAGGCGACGGGUGGUCAAAUGAUGGGCCAGCAGGCUACACUCAAAUGGAUUAUUACUCAGGAUCUUUCGCCAUACAAUAUCUCCAGCUGCUAUAUACCAAGCUUGCAGGUGACUUUGACCCAAAGCGAGCGGAAGAGUAUCGCGAGAGAGCUCGCAAGUAUGCUCUCGACUUUGUGCAUUAUAUGGACCCUGAAGGUCAUGCUAUUCCAUUCGGAAGAAGCUUGACCUACCGCUUUGCGACUGUAGGCUUCUGGUCUGCCGUAGCUUUCGCAGAUCUCGAACUGCCUGCUCCACUGUCGUGGGGUGUGGUGAAAGGCAUGCUUCUGCGUAACUUGCGGUGGUGGUCGAAACAUCCAGACAUCUUCCAACCAAACGGCAUGCUGAAUAUCGGAUACACGUACCCCAACUACUAUCUCGCUGAGAAUUACAACUCUCCAGGCUCGCCGUACUGGUGUAUGUUGGCUUUUGCUCCCCUAGCACUCCCCAAGGAACAUCCAUUCUGGACAUCGAAGGAAGAGCCGCAUCCCUUCAAGUCUGCUUCUGCGCUGCCGAAGAUCAAGGCGCUGAAAUAUCCUUUGCACAUCAUGGUGCAUAAAGCUGGACACACAUUUUUGCUCUCCUCAGGUCAGAAAUGCCAUUAUCCGCUCAAGUCUACCCAAGCAAAGUAUGGCCACUUCGCCUACAGCGCUUCCUUUGGCUACAGUGUUCCGACCGGCGGCUACACAAUCGAGCAAUAUGUCCCUGAAUCUGCCCUGGCUCUGAGCGAUGAUGAGGGCGAGAUGUGGAAGAUGCGCCGUGAUGUCGAGAAUGCUGAGUUAAGCAGCAAAGAUGGUUCGCCAUACUUGUACUCAGAGAUGAGACCGUGGUCAGAUGUGAAGGUCUGUACUUGGCUGCUUCCACCUACCAAUGAGGCACCUUCUUGGCAUUUGCGCGUCCAUCACAUCAAGUCGGGUAGACGUCUGCAGAGUUACGAAGGUGCCUUUGCCAUCAAAGGAACGGCAAAGAGUACUGGUCGAGCUUUGGGUACCUUGUCUCCUUCAUCACAGGGUGAAGGCAUCGCAGCUAGCCAAGCAUCCGCGUUAACAGUCUCCGAAGCUGGAGCUGUUGGCAUUGUUGAUCUGCAUGCUCCCAGAUUUGGGAAAGUGCUCGAGGUCGAUGCAAACUCCAACCUGAUAGAAGCUCGUACUGUCCUUCCUUCUCUGGGUAUGGACAUCGAGGCUGGUCAAGACGUGUACUUCGUGACAGCUGUCUUUGCCAUGCCGGCUUCGGAAGGCUGGACGAAGAGGUGGGGUCCGGCUUGGGAGAAGAAACCAAUAGUUCCUGGUUGGCUGAAAGAGAUCAUUGAAUAG